ACCUCACUUCGCAUUGUCUGGAGGAGAAUGACGAGCAACUUGAACCAAGCGUUCCUGCAGGCGGCGCUGUCGGCGCGGAGUGUGGCGCCGACGCUGUCGCACAAGCAGCAGGUGACGCGUCUGUACAAGCGCUCCUUGAAGCUCUUGGACAGCUGGAUCAUCGACCGCCGCCUCUGGAACGAAGAAGCGACCAAGAUUCGCGGCCAAUUCAACGAGCAUAAGCACACCGACAUUGGCGCGGCCCAGCGACUGCUCCGUGAAGCGACCGCUGAAUUGGAAAAGUACACGCACCCUGACCCGUAUGUUGUCGUGCACAUGCCCGGCGGGUCCAAGUUCAUGCGCAACCCGCCGUUGCCGUUGGAAGUGUGCUUUCCGGACGGCAUCAUCCCGGACGACGUCGAAGUGUCGCCGGUCAAGGCGAUCAACAUCGACACGUCGCCAUACCGCGAAGACGACUUGAAGCAAACCGCGUUGGUCGACUUCUCCACCAAGACGGCGUACUAAGCGACGCGAGCGACAGCAUCAUCUAUUCGAUCUCUCACCACGAACCCAGGACCUGCAUCCCUAGACACGUGCUGCCAACGUGAUGCCGUGUAAUGCUCAAUGCAAAUAUCCAUGAAUGUCGAGUAUCCUACGCCCCCACAGCGUAAUUACGGUAUACUAUUCCAC